CACAUACACACACGAGAGCUCAGAAGUCUCUCACACACAGCACUGCUGUGAUACAGAUCUUCUCAGCACUGUCGGACUCUAAGAACCCUUCGGAAAUUAUCUGUUUCAACAUUAUGUGUUUCCUGGAUGGUCUAUAUUAAAGUGAAAGCAAAAGAUUCUGCAGUGAUGAUGUCACAGUGACGUCACUGAGUUGAAAUAGAGGCCAUCAUUAACAAUAUGGAUAUGGAGACCUCCAGUCAGACCUCUAUAAGAGCUUCGGCAAACCCAGAAGACUCGCCGGCAACAACACACAGCAAGAGCGGUCAUUUGUUCCGAAUGGUUGGCAAUCAGGGCUUGGGAAUUUCUUCAGUUUCCGGUGCCUUUCCCAUGAUCAAUCACCCAGCCUUCAGUCUGCACUCCUCUUCUCCUGUCCGAUCUGAAUUCGGAGGUCUGGGAACUCUGGGAAUGUCGGCCGCUUUGGCUGCCCACUCUCAGCUCGGCGCUUUGCCAGAUUGGUGGCGUUCUGUAGACGCUCAGGGUCAAGGGGCAGCGGCCUUUUUUCCUCAUCUUCUGGGUCUGCCGGCAUUAUUCGGCACAUCGUCGCUGAACCACGAGCAAAGCCUCCUUCAGUCUCAUGCUCCCCGACGCACUCCCGCCAAAGCAGGGCUGAAUGGCUCUGUAAAUGGAAGAGCAAACUCGAGAUCAGCCUCCUCCACACCCUCUCCAGCCCUCAAACCUCCAGAUCAGACCAAGAACCUGAAAACCAGCCCGAAACCAGCACUGAACCAGCUCAAAGGGAAAACUAGACUCAAAACAAACGACCAUAAGGUUCACAGCAAAGUGCCAGAUGACUCCAUCAACAGUGACAGCCAAUCAGCAUCCAGCUCUGACAGCUCCAGCGAUGCUCUUAGCAGCUCUGACUCAGAUGACUUGGAGGAUGAUGAUGAUGAUGACGAUGAUCAGAGUGAUGAUAGUGUGGACUCGGAAAAGUGCGGAAAAGAUCCGAAAGGUAUCCGAAAGCCGCCAUCACACAUCCAGGCCUUCAGGCCCACGGAGGAGCCCAGCAAACAAACCAGUGUCAUCCAGACCGCAGGGCUAGCAGCGAACGCAAAACCUCUUGCGUUAGUCACACAGCGGCACAGAGACCGGGACACACCGUCCCAUAAAGACCUGCCUCUCUCCUUCACGAGAACCGUCUCGCACUCAUCCUCUCCAAAACCACCUUCCCCCACCCCAUCGCCGAAGCCUCCGUCUCAUUCUUUCUCUCCCACACCGAAAUCCACUCCUCUGCAAGCAGAGCGUCUGAAGACGUGCAAGAAUUACCUCGACCAGACCCUGCUGACCGUUAACAGCAGCAGCAAACUCAAACAGCCAUCACUACCUCAGAAGUCCAUCAAACAGACCUUUCCUCCACCGUUGAGAGAUGCAGAGGAAUCGUUCCUCCCGUCUCUUCCUAAUGGGAAGCCCGGUCAUCCCGGCGUGGUGCAGGACGCUCCUCUGGCGCUGAUUACCAAACCUCGCUGCCAGAGCGCACGUGUCCCUGAUAAAGCCACCAGCCCCACACACAACACCCCCAUCAACCUCACCACCAGAGAGACGGGUCCGGCCCAUACCUCACCCGGACUCAGUCUGACAGCAGGCCGAGGGAAGGGCUGUAAAAUAAGAGAGAGAUCCUCAUUGGUGGAGAACUUCAGGGGGGCGGAGUCUAACCUCCCCGACAGUAAAGACUCCGAUGACUCCUUAAUGGAGGAUGAGGACGAAAAUGACGUUUCGAACGACAGUCUCUCAGAUUCUGACAGCAAUUUAGACAGUGAUUCUGAUGAUGAGGAUGGUAAGGAUGAAGAUAUGGACACAGAUUCAGAAAUGGACAGAACACCGCUUAAACUCAACAAAUCCUCAGCUUCUGCAGCGGACUCCUCCCACAACACUGGCCCCGCCCCUCUCAAUCUACAAGUUCAUAAAACACCUGUCCCAGCCACACCUACAAUUGUGACCAACUCUGGGAAUUCAGCCAAUCACAGCCCUCUUUUCUCAUCUUACUCUGUGGCCGCACCCCCAGGGAAAAGGAGAAGAGUCACAGAUGAAUGUGCACUACGGAAACCUCUAGAAUACGGAUGGCAGAGAGAGACGCGCAUCACAAACAUGUCUGGGCGUUUACGGGGGGAGGUGGCGUACUUCGCUCCGUGUGGCAGGAAGCUCAGACAGUACCCUGAUGUCAUCAAGUAUCUGACCAGAAACGGAAUAAGCGACAUUACGCGUGAUCACUUCAGCUUCAGUGCUAAAAUAAAGGUUGGCAACUUCUAUGAAGCCAGAGAUGGACCACAGGGCUUACAGUGGUGCUUAUUAAAAGAGGAGGAAGUCAUUCCUCGUGUCCUAGCGAUGGAAGGUCGCCGGGGUCGUCUGAAGAACCGUGACCCUUCGAGUUCUGCUGACCCGGCCGGCUCUCGAAGGAGAACCCGAGCGCCUGACGAGAGUGAAGCUGAUGUGCUCAGCACCUCUGAGGCCAAACUACUGCGCAAACUGGAGGCCCAGGAAAUCGCACGGCAGGCUGCUCAGAUGAAGCUGAUGCGUAAACUGGAAAAGCAGGCGCUGGCACGAGCCGCCAAAGAGGCCAGGAGACAACAAGCAAUCAUGGCAGCAGAGGAGCGGCGCAAACACAAGGAGCAAAUGAAGAUCCUGAAACAGCAGGAAAAGUUCAAGAGAAUCCAGCAGGUCCGUAUGGAGAAAGAACUCCGUGCUCGGCAAAUUUUGGAGGCUAAAAGAAAAAAGAAGGAAGAGGCUGUCAACGCCAAAAUACUAGAAGCUGAAAAACGAAUAAAGGAGAAGGAGCUCCGUAGACAGCAGUCCAUCAUCCUGAAGCACCAGGAGUUGGAGAGACAUAGACUAGAUAUGGUAUGGGAGCGGGAGAGACAUCGGCAGCAUGUGAUGUUGAUGAAGGCGGUGGAGGCCCGGAAGAAAGCUGAGGAGAAGGAGCGACUGAAACAGGAGAAACGAGAUGAGAAACGAUUGAACAAGGAGCGCAAACUGGAGAUCAGGCGGCUUGAGCUGGAAAUGGCCAAAGAGCUGAACAAACCCAAUGAAGACAUGUGUCUGUCGGACCUGAAGCCUCUGCCAGCGCUGUCACGGAUCGCCGGUCUGGUGUUGCCGGGAGGAUGUUUCUCAGACUGUCUCAUGGUGAUGCAGUUCCUGCGCUGUUUUGGAAAGGUCCUGGGGUUCGACCUCGGCGCUGACGUGCCGUCACUCGGCGUGCUGCAGGCAGGGCUGCUGAAUGUGGGCGACAGCAUGGGCUUCAUCCAAGACCUGCUGGUGCGCAUGCUGUCUGCUGCUGUGUGUGACCCAGGACUGCCUCCGGGACACAGGGCAAAGACGGCUCUGGGAGACCACGUGACUAACAUCGGCUUGAACCGGCACAAUGUCUCGGAGGUGCUACAGAUCUUUAUGGAAGCUCACUGUGGACAGACCGAGCUAGCAUCGCUGGCCGAGAGUUUGAAGACCAAAGCUUUCCAGGCACACACACCCUCUCAGAAAGCCUCUAUACUGGCCUUCCUGGUCAAUGAGCUGUCCUGCAGCAAGACGGUGGUCAGUGAGAUUGACAAAAACAUUGACAACAUGACCAACCUGCGUCGAGACAAAUGGGUGAUUGAGGGGAACCUGCGGAAACUGAGGAGCAUCUACGCUAAGAGGACAGGAAAGCGAGAAAGCACUGCUGGAGGAGAGGAGGGUCAAGCCGCUGGUAGGGUCAGCCGUAAACGCAAGCGCAAAGGGGGCGAGAGUGAUGAUGAGGAGGAGGAAGAUGAUGACAGCGAUGAACAUGGAGAGGAGGAUGAAGACGAAGAUGACUUUGGUGUGAAGAAAGAGAAGAAAGCCGAGGCGUGUGAAGCUGAUGAGGAUGAAGGUGAUCAAUCCACAAGCAUUGAAGAGCUGGAGAAACAGAUUGAGAAGCUCAGCAAGCAACAGACUCAGAUCCGCCGGAAGCUGUUCGAGGCGUCUCACUCCCUGCGCUCGGUGAUGUUCGGUCAGGACCGGUUCAGAAGACGCUUCUGGGUUCUGCCGCAGUGUGGCGGGAUCUUUGUGGAGGCGCUGGAGAGUGGAGACGGUCCAGUAGAGUUGCAGAGGGAGCGUGAGAGGUUGAAGAACGCUCACCCCGUCCAGGUCAAAGUGGAGCCGGCAGACGAGGCUGAUGGGAAAUACGGCUCCGCUGAGGUGAAACGUGAACUCCCGCAGGAUCUAGAUUCUCUAAACCUCUUCCUUCAGAAACCUGGCUCCUUCUCUAAGCUCAGCAAGCUGUUGGAAGUGGCCAAGAUGUCCUCCGAGGUCUCUUGUCGCCAAAAUGGCAGUCCAAAACAGAAGAAUACAUUACCCAGCAGCCCUGAUCCCGAUCACCCGUGUCUUCUAAACAACUCCUUCCUCACGAACGCCCAGCAGCAGAUCCGGAACGACCAGCUCUACAAGGUCUUGACCGAGAGGAACGCUCACUGGUUCAGUCUUCUGCCACGCUCUCCAUGUGACGCCUCAUCUCUUACUGAAGGUCCACAUUCAGCGUCGUCAUCUUCCUCGCCACAAACGUCCAAUGACAGAGCCCGAUCCCCGUUUGCCACCUGUCCGUCCAGCCCUGCGGGAAUCAAUAACCUUUCAUUAGCAGAUCUGCGGGUGAAGUCUGGUGUGCCCAUAAUAGAUCUGCCGUUCUAUGCUUGGUCCAAUGGAAAUCUGAGUCCAAAUGUGAUGUUCUCUGGGAUUUCCAUGGCCCAGAUUCUCAGUGGCGUUCACCCACUCUCAGAGGGCAAUGCUAACGUCAGUGUGAGCACCAGUAAAAGCAGUUCCCCCCAGUCUCCAGUGGAGAAACCUCUCUCCACACUCUCACCCGCUCUCGAGGCGGCUAGAAAUCAGGAUUACCCGUCACCUCAGCCUAUUCCUGAAGAGAUGUUGACUGGCUGGUGGAAGGUGACGGACAUUGAGGAGUUACGAUCCAUAGAGAAAGCAUGCCAUUCCCGAGGGAUCCGGGAAAAACAGCUCCAGAAACAACUGCAGAAACACAUGGAUUACAUCGGCCAGGUCUGCAGCAGGAACAGAGAUGUCACCGUCAUCGACGUCUCUGAGCUGGAGGAGAAUCAGGUCUCGGAGGACACCGUCCAAAGCUGGUGUGUGGAAGAGCAGGCCAUGGAUAUAGACAUUGGUGUCCUGCAACAGGUCGAGGAACUGGAACACAAAGUCACUUCAGCCAGUCUGCAGGUUAAGGGCUGGAUGCAUCCAGUCCCACAGUCACAGAGUGAAGACCUGGUCUAUUACGAGCACAAACCUGUCGUGGACGACUGCAACCGUGGCAUCGUGCGUCAUGCGAACAAUCCUCUGGAUAUGGCAGUGACGCGUCUGGCAGAGCUGGAGAGGAACAUUGAGCGAAGGUAUCUGAAGAGCCCUUUAAGCAGCACCAUUCAGAUCAGACUGGAUAACGUGGGCACGGUCUCAGUCCCGGCCCCUGCGCCAUCACCUGCUAGAGCUGAUGGUGACGGGGCUGAGGAAGAUGUGGCUCCAGGAAUGAGACAGUGGCGUAAAGCUCUCAGCGAGGUGCGCAGUGCGAGUCAGCUCUCUCUGUGUGUUCAGCAGCUGCAGAAGUCCAUUGCCUGGGACAGAUCCAUCAUGAAAGUGUACUGUCAGAUCUGCCACAAGGGGGACAACGAGGAGCUCCUGCUGCUGUGUGAUGGAUGUGAAAAAGGCUGCCACACGUACUGCCAUAAACCCAAGAUCACCACCAUACCAGACGGAGACUGGUUCUGCCCGGCCUGCAUAUCCCAGGCGAGCAGUCAGUCCCUGAAAACCAAGAAGCCCUUGAACCGUUCAAGCGGAGGCCUGAGGAAACCUGCUGAGGCCAAACGCCACAGGAAAACAUCUGUAGCCGGAGACAACUCGGAGGAAGAUUCAGGCAGCGCCAACAGCACUCCCAAAAAAGUGUCAAAGGACACAAAAAAGAGAAGGACAGAGGAGAAUCCUUCCCCAAACGCAGCAAAGCAAGAGAGUCCAGCGUGUGUGAAGAAACCCAAAACAGUCCGAGAUGACAGUAGAGACUUGGCCUUGUGCAGGAUCCUCUUGGCUGAGCUGGAAAGCCAUCAGGACGCCGGGCCGUUUCUGACACCCGUCAACUCCAAAUCCGUCCCGGGAUACCGCAAGGUCAUCAAGAAGCCCAUGGACUUCUCCACUAUCAGAGACAAGCUCAUCAACGGCCAGUACUUGAACCUUGAGACUUUUAUUAUUGAUGUGAACCUGGUGUUUGAUAACUGUGAGAGGUUCAACGAGGAUAACUCUGACAUUGGACGAGCGGGACACACGAUGAGAAGGUUUUUCCAGAGGAGAUGGACCGAGCUGUUGAGGCAGAACUCCCUGAAACCGGGUCUCGACACAUGAGGCCUGCUUCUGCGGCUCGUUUCAGAGUCACUGGGACCAGCAUUAGACACCGAAUCACCUCGUUCACAUUGACCUUGGGUUUGUUGGAGGACACGCUUAAAUCAAGUACAGGGACGACUGACAACUUUCAGCACCUCGAAAAUAUCCUUCACCUGUAAAUAUAUUUGGGGAUUUUUUUUUUUAAAUAAACAUUAAUAUUAUAGUGAAUGUACUGUAUUUAAUUAUUUAUGACUUAAAAAGGUCUUCACUUUCUAAGAAAAGGCAAAAAAGAAAGAAACUGCUUCAAUGGAUGUGUUUUUCAUUAUCAAAUAUGGAAAAAGAAAACGCUAAAACAAGGAAAACAUUAAAUGUUUACAUAAAUCUGAGCUCGAUCAUGAUUACAUUAUAAAACUGCAUUCAUGUACCGGUAUGUUUUGAAUCACAAAGUCCAAAACGCAUAUAUAACGACUAUUAAUGUUUAAUAAUGGUUCUUAAUAUUGUAUUCUGUGCGCACAAGACUCCAGGCAUCCAGUGUUGUUUAUGCCUUUUAAAUAGUUGUAUCUUUUCAUAUGUUUUAAUACCGCAAAUCCAGUGUAUUGACACAUCGGCCGGCCGGGGCACUUUCUGAAAACAGCAGUGCCUUUCAAAACCCACCGUUUUUGUCUUUUAAAACUCCUCAAACCUCAGUCUGAAUUCCUCAAGUGUUCAUCCAGUGCUUGUUAUGGUUAUCGUCAUACCAUACAAUAAAACGGGUGAAAAAUCCCACCUAAAACAUAUCAGAAAUGGUCUUUUCGGCUAGGAAUAGAAAGCAACCGCAUAGCAACACCAUUGCAUUGUGGCAGCAAUAAAAAAAUGCUGCUGCAAUAAAAAAUAAAAAAACUAGUUUACAUUAUAUUUAUUCUGAGGUAUUUCUCUCAGUAUGCCUCGAUCAGACACGAUAGAUAGCUGCAGUGUUUUUAAUGUAACUAAAGUCAGAAUACUUGAAUUAUCUUGUGUAAAGAUAUUGCAAUGAAGGUGUAGCGUUGUGUUUUGUAGGAGUUUUAUUUUUCUCUAGUUUGUGUUGAAUACUUAAUAAAAGGUUUUCAAGCAACCU